UUUCCCUCCCCUGCUUUUCCCCGCUCCCCCGGAGACCGCCGGCGCGGCCCGGCCCGCAUGGAGGCCCCCGGCGGCGGCGCCUCGCCGCUGAGCGCCGCGCUGGUGGGGCGGCUUCGCCGGGAGCACGAGAAGGUGGUCACUGGCUGCCAAGAAAAAAUCCAGCACUGGAAGAAGGUGGAGAGUGAUUAUGAGGCUCUUCAGGAACGACUCCAGACAUUGCCUGACAAGUUGUCCUAUGAUAUCAUGGUACCUCUUGGUCCUCUUGCCUUCAUGCCAGGAAAGCUUGUCCACACCAAUGAGAUCACUGUUCUGCUGGGGGACAGCUGGUUUUCAAAAUGCUCAGCAAAGCAGGCUGUGGAGCUGGUUGAGCACAGAAAAAAACAUGUAAGGAAAGCACUGGAUGAUUUGCAAAAAGUCAUGAAGAAUUUUGAGUCACGAGCUGAAUUCACAGAAGAUUUGCAGAAAAUGAGUGAUGCUGCAGGUGAAUAUGUUGACAUAAGAGAAGAAAUUGAAGAUGAUAGCAUUGAAACAAAAGGAAAACACCGAACUGCUCACAGACCUCAUUCAAAGCCAAAAGUAUCAAAUGUUUUUGAGGUAGAUUUUCCAGCAAAUGGAAGUGAUACAAAACCCAUGGGCCGUUUCCAGUCAGAGGAGGAACUGUGGGCCCGCUUAGAAGAGCUUGAGAGACAAGAAGAGAUCCUUGGUGAACUCGACAGGAUGCCUGAUACAGUUGAGACAAAUGGAGAAGAUGCAAACUCUUCUGAAGAGGAGAAGGAAGAUAAGGGGACAGAUGUGAAUGGGACGUAUAGGGCAGAGGACUGUAUUACUCAGGGCAACUUCCAUAAAGAACUUGCAAAUUCAGACUUGUUUGUGGGCCAAGUUAAUGGCUCAACUUACUAUCACAGUGAUGAUGAAGAUGACAGAGAUGUUGGAGAUAACUCUGUUCCAACUAUUUUUUUCUCUCACACUGUGGAACCUAAAAGGGUAAGAAUAAACACAGGAAAGAAUACUACUUUGAAAUUCAGUGAAAAGAAAGAAGAGGCCAAGCGUAAAAGGAGGAACAGCAGUGGCAAUGGCCAUGCAACUCCAGAGCUGCCCAACAUCAAAACCCCAGCAGACAUUUACCGAGUCUUUGUUGAUGUUGUGAAUGGAGAAUAUGUCCCUCGUAAAUCAAUUUUGAAGUCUCGAAGCAGAGAGAACAGUGUUUGUAGCGAUACCAGUGAGAACAGUGCUGCUGAGUUUGAUGACAGACGAGGAGUUCAGAGGAGUAUUAGCUGUGAUGAAGCCACUCAGAGUGACAACAGCGAAGGCAUCCUGGAGGAAGAGGAGGGGGAGGGGCAGCAGCAGCUACCGAAAAAGCUUCCUCCCUCUUCAGGGACAACUGAGGCAUUUUCUGGAACUGUCAUAGAAAAGGAGCCUUUGUCUCCCUCCCUAAUACCACACCCAGUCCUCGGUCACCCAGUGCUGCCGACCAUUCUGGAGCGCAAAUCAGAGGAACUUCAGUCUGACGCCCCAGAAGAACCAGUCAAGAGGAUUUCCAAAUUCAGAGCUGCCAGGAUGCAGCAGACUCAGUAGGUGCUGUCGAGCCCGAGCACCUUGCCUGGUUUCACCUCUCUGGCGAUUAUAUAAAGCCUUCUCUGUAGCACCCACCCAGUUACCAGGGUGUCCUGUGGUAAUUUGGCAGCGGUUAUCUCCUCAGCAUUCACUGGCAGCAUUAGGAAAACAAACAGUUCAGUGUUUGAACACUUGAGUAUUCAUCUUAUUUUGUCGGUUUCCCUGUGUGCUGUCAGCACCUUUGUAUAUGUUUGCCUUAUGAUAGCAGCACUUGGGUUCUUUUUCAAAAACUGUUCCUUACAUACAUUGUUUUUGUGUUUAAACCUAAAUACAGGCAGUUUUGUGCCAGCUGUGAUGUUCUACAUACCAUAUGGACCAUUUUAAGGAAACUUUUCACAUUUCAAAUAGAUUCACCAAUUAUAUUACAUUACUUGCUUUAGCAUUUUAAGACACACUUGUAUUCACAUUGCUGUAGGUUUUGCAACUAGGUGUCUGCUAAAAGUUUUUUUCCUUCUUUCAAACCUCUCUGAUAUCUCACUGUACAGGUCUAUAAAAUGCCAGGUUCAUGUACAUUGCAGGGAAGUUUCUUUGAUGGAAAAGGGUAUUUUGUAAAAUUAAAUUUUCAGUAAAAAAGCUGUGAAA